AUGGCGCUAGCGACCGUGCAGGCCAGUGCCUGUUAUCAGUCCAGAGAUGUUCCAGCUCCGCACAAUACCUCUCAGUACUGUGGUCUCCGGAGACCUUCGUCUCCUUCCGUUAGCUUCUUCUUCGUCGAUGAUGAACACCUUUCCCCCGUAGCUGCAUCGCCUGACAACGACUUGACGCGAUCACCCCUUGCAGGUGACCCAUCCAUCAAUUGCGACGAUGACGAGCAGAAUGUUGCAGGUACGACUGGAAUCACCAAGAAACGACGCCUCGGAACCACGGAUUUCACUCGCAGGAAGCGCGCCGUGACAGCAUGUCAGUUCUGUCGAGUCCGCAAGACGCGCUGUGACAACACCAGGCCACGAUGCGGGUACUGUACACGGCAUAAAGCUAGGUGCAUUUAUGGGGAAGAGACGGAGGAGCCUGUCAACAACAGCGGCUCAGCGGCCAACCUGGCCACGAAUCACCAGGAAGUUCUUGCGCGGCUGGACGAACUUAAAGACAUGUUGCAGGGAGGACAGAGUAGUGUAAACACCUCCAAGUCCAUUGUUGGUCUCUCACCGGCACUAUCAUCACCCCAGGAAAAUACCAGCAGUUCCUCUCGAUCUAUGCCGGAUGAUCAAUUUGUUCACUUUAGCAAGCGCUUCCUUGCCAUCGUCCAUCCACGUAAUCCCAUACUUGACGGGCAUGACCUCCUGCACCAUGCUCGAUUGGUCGAAGAAAAUGGGUUGCAGUGGGACUCAGCCUCGUGCCUUGUUCUUAUUGCGUGCGCUUUGGGCUCCUAUACUUUGCCAUGGGUCAAGCCAAGUCAAAUCCCCGAUAUUGGGGACGCCUGGCAAGGAUCGACGGUAUUCGAGAAAGAGAAUCGGGCGACAGCAGAGGCAUACUAUGCUGCAGCCUUAAAACGAGUUGGGCCCCUUGACUUUCGACCCAGUGGGCUUAACGACUUUUCGUACCCAGACGCCUUUCCAGAACCGCCAGAGGACCUUGAGUUCACAGCAACAGAGAUGUCAUCUGGCACUGGCGAGAGGCCCAAUUGCGUUGAUGAUACCCAUAGCCGCAUAAAUGAGCGCGGAUGGUGCUACUACCUGUCUGAAAUCUCGCUCAGACGUACCAUUGACGAGACGGUUGCCCUCUUAUAUCAGAAAGGCGAGGCCUAUUGGCUACAGAACUCAUCGCAACUCGUACGCCAUUACUGGGGAUCAGAGCGCCAGAUUGCAUCUUGGCAGUACCAUAUUCCUGCGAUUGUCAAGUUCAACGACAAUGAACCGCCCGAUGAAGAGUUCGCCUGCUAUCUCUGGUUCAGAGCGCUCGAAUGGCGCGAAUACACUCUUCGUCCCAUUUUGUACUGUGUCUUACACAGCUCGCCCGAAAGAACUGCAACCGUGGAAGAGAAAGAACUUGCUCAAGCUGCGUUGGAGAUCUACGAAACGGUCAUUCCACAAAGGCUGUACGCAUUGCGUCACGGAGGUUCCUGGUUUGCGGCCCGAAGGACAUUCACCUCCGCAGCACUGAUCCUCGCCGUUGUCAUCAAUCCUGGCAGCGGCUUAGUGCCUUCGAAGCGGUGGCCAUCGCUAGUCCAGUCUGCAAUUUGCGUCCUUCGGUACUGGGGGCAGGUCGCUCGCGAUAUCCGCCUGGCGGCCACAAUUCUGACAGAGAUGUACGAGAAGACACGUCAGCAUAUUGAAUACACCUACACAGAUUAG